AUGAGAUUUAGGCAUAGACAAAUAUCUAAACUAUGUCAACAGUCUUGUGAUAUGAUGAUUUAAAAAAUACUCAUGUCAGAGAAUCAUCCUCAAAGGUCCCACCAACCUUAACAAAUUAUAUGUCUAAGCAACAAAUUGUUUAAAAUAAGUGUAUGGGUAGAAAGUUUAAAAAUCUCAUUAAGCAACAUUUUUAAUUUGCCACUGGUUGGAUUUCCUAAAAAUAAUAAUUCUGAAUAAACAAAAUGCAUAUUCAGUACCAUAUUUGUGCCCUCCAAAAGCAUGAGCAUCUAAAACUCUUCUGUUAAGCUAGUUACCAAAAAUUAUGGAACUGUAGGAAGACAGGUGAGAAUGGAGAACAGGAAGAAGGAGAAGAUAGAAAUGAGGGGAGAGAAGUAGGUUUGUACCGAACAUAUUUCCACUUCCCAGACCUGUUACAUAAAGGAGACAGUCAUGCAUCACAAGUGGUAAUAAUGGAAAUAUAAAAGAGUCCCAUAACAGAUAUGGCUGUGCCAAUAUCAAAGGCAAAGGAACUUUCAUGGUUAAAUCCUAUGUAUGAUGACCUUUGCCUACCCACGCAAGAUGAUAGAGCCAGAGAGCCUAUGUGGCCCGUACACACUAUCAAAGAUAGCCUGGGUUAGAUUUUGAAAAUUUCACAUAGCAUACUAUGGAGGGUACUUCAUAAAGCUAACAAGAGCAUGGAAAACUUCCAAGGACUUUCCCUAAGAGAAUUACUCAGGUGUCAGUAAUAGAGAGAACACAUGUAUCUAAUAAGUCUAUGCCUCUCAAUGUUAAAAAGAAAUUAUACAUACAUAAAACACUUCUUUCCCAUCUUUAAAAUGGACAUUUUCUUUCAUUUCUGUUAAUAACAGAAAAAUUUCAUGGUACUAUCUAUAAGUACUGAAAUUCUAGUAUCUCAUUGGGUUCCAGUGAGUCAUUAGACUGGUACAAUCUAAGAAAUAAAUCUUCCCUGCAAUAAUUAUGAAAAUACAAAAUACUUGGUAGCAGAAAGUGAAACCCUAGUGGUCCAGACCAAGAUCAUGGUUGGGACUAGCUGGCCACAGAUGAAGCCUCAGACCAGAAACACGGUGGCGCAAAUGAAUCCAGAUACAUUCUUCUACAACUUUUAUAAUAGACUCAUCCAUUCUCAUUGGAAUACCAUCUGGCUGUGCUAUGAAGUGAAAAUGAAAACAAAGGACACCUUAAGGCCCCUUUUGGUUGCAAGGACCUUUCAAGGCGAGAUCUGUUCCAAGCCUCAACACCACCCAGAGAUGAGAUUCCUUCAUUGGUUCCUCAACUGGAAGCUGCAUAGCGACCAGGAGUACAAAGUCACCUGGUUUGUAUCCUGGAGCCCCUGCCCAGUGUGUGCAAGGAAUGUGGCCGAGUUCUUGGCUGAGGUCACCCUGACCAUCUUCGUGGCCUGCCUCUACUGCUUCUGGGACCCUCAUUACUGUGAGGAGCUUCGCAGGCUGUGUCAGAAAAGAGACAGUCCGCAUGCCACCAUGAAGAGCAUGAAUUAUGGCGAAUUUCAACACUGUUGGGACAAGUUCAUGUACAACCAAAGAUUGUAGAAGCCUUGGAAUAAGCUGCCUAAACAUUAUACAUUACUGCACAUCAUGCUGGGGGAGGUUCUCAGACACUUGAUGGAUCCAGGCUUAUUCACUUACAACUUUACCAAUGACCCUUAGGUCCUUGGACAGCACCAGACCCACCUGCGUUACGAGGUGGAGCACCUGCACAAUGGCACCUGGGUCCUGCUGGACCUGUACCGGGGCAUCAUACUCAACAAGGCUUCAAAUAAUCCUGGUUUCCUUGAAGGCCGCCAUGCAGAGCUGUGCCUCCUGGACCCGAUUUCCUUUUGGAAGCUGCACCCAGCCCAGUGCUACAGGGUCACCUGCUUUAUCUUCUGGAGCCCCUGCUUCAGCUGUGCCCAGGAGGUUGCUAAAUUCCAUCAAGAAAACCCACACAUAAGCCUUUGCAUCUUCUCUGCCUGCAUCUAUGAUUAUCAAUGAGGACAUAAAAAGGGCCUGCACAGGCUGGACAAAGCUGGGGCCCCAAUUUCCAUGGUGAAAUACAAUGAGUUUAAGCACUGCUGGGACACCUUUGUGGAUUACCAGGGACAUCCCUUCCAGCCCUGGGAGGGACUAGAAGAGCCCAGUUAAACCCUGAGUGGAAGGCUUCAGGCCAUUCUUCAGAAUUAGGGAAAC